AUGAACGGAGAUAAACUCACGUGUCUUGUGUGUCACGCGGUGAUCGCAGUUCUCAAAGAGUACAAUGCAAAGCGUCAUUAUGAAACUACCCACCAAUCGCUGAUGGCCCUGGAGGGCAAACUCAGGGAUGAGAAGAUAGAGAAACUCAAGAACUCGUCGAAGAGACAGCAACAGUACUUCGCCGAGGCGAGGAACGAUAUCGAAGAUGCAGUGGAAGCAAGUUUCGUUAUAUCACAGUUGAUAGCGAAGCAUUCGAAAGCAUUCUCGGAUGGGUAACUCAUUAAGGACUGCCUUCUAUCAGCAUGAUCCAUCAUAUGUCCCGAUCAGAUGCAAAAAUUCCGGAAUAUAUGCUUGUCAAGAAACACCGUCGCUGAUCGAAUCACAGAAAUCGGGGACGACUUGAUCUCCGUUCUUAGAGAUCAAUGCGGGAAAUUCGAGGCUUUCUCACUAGCUAUCGACGAAUCGAACGACAUUUGUGACACUGCGCAGCUUGCGAUCUUCGUUCGCGGAGUGAAAGCAGAUCUGACCGUCGUGGAAGAGCUCCUCGAUGUGGUUCCGACGGACGGCAGAACGGAUUCAGCUGCGAUAUUCGAUCAGUUGAUACGCUCAAUCGAACAUUUUUCCCUGCCGCUCAGCAAGUUAUCUGCCUUCGCUUCAGAUGGCGCUCCGGCGAUGGUUGGUAGGCAGAACGGCGUCGCAGUGCGCUUGUGGGAACAUAUCAGAAGCAAACACGAGAACCGUGAUCGUUUCAUCCAAAUACAUUGUAUUAUACACCAAGAAUCGCUUUGCACCAAGGUCAUCAAGAUGCACCACGUCCUGGGAAUCGUCGUGAAGAUCAUAAAUUUCAUUAAAGCUCGUGGAUUGAACCACCGCGAAUUCCGCAAACUCCUCGGAGAAGAUGGAGCAAAUCGGAAGGAGCUGCUGUACCACACGAAAGUUCGAUGGCUUAGCUGCGGCCAGAGCCUUGGGCGUUUUCACGAGCGGCUGGAUGACAACUGA